AAAAGGCAUCGGUUUUCGCUUCUGAUUCUCUUCCUCCGUUAGCAAUAAAAAGGACAAAACUUUCCACAAAACCAAGCAAGCCACUUUUUCUCUUCCCCCUCUGGGAAAAUUAGGGAUUUGUGAUGUGAUCGUGAGGGAACGAUGGACAAACCUGAAGAAAUCUCCCCCACCGGAUUCGAUCCGGAGCCAGCAUCUCGAUCAUCAGUCGUCGAUCCCUCUUCAUCUGAUCUAAGUGAACAGCUCAGGAAUGUUGGCUUGGACGAAACUGCAAACGAGCAGAGCGGGACGAUGAGUGUCUCUGAGGCUUGUAGAAUCGAGGGCAAUGAUUCGAAGGCCGAAGAUGGCGAUUGUGAGGAAGAGGGAGGAGGAAAUGGUGAUGAGGGUUGGAGCGAGGAUGAGAAUGAGAUCGAGAGGAGAAGAGCUAUGUACCCAGUGAGACCGGAGGCCGAGGAUUGCGCGUUUUAUAUGAGAACUGGCAGUUGCAAAUAUGGGUCGAGUUGCAAGUUCAACCACCCUGUUCGAACAAAAAUCCAAGCUUCUAGGGAUAAUGCAAAGGAAAAAGAUGAUGACACAGAGAAGCUGAGGCAGAUAGAGUGCAAGUAUUACUUCAGAACUGGAGGGUGCAAAUACGGAGAAUCUUGUAGAUUCAGCCACUCAAAGUCUAAGACUUCCCUUGUAUCUGAGCUUAACUUCCUUGGCCUUCCCAUACGACUGGGAGAGAAGGAGUGCCCAUUCUACAUGCGCAAUGGAUCUUGCAAGUUUGGAGCUGACUGCAAAUUUAAUCAUCCUGAUCCUACAACUAUUGGAGGAAAUGAAUCUCCCUCUUUCUAUGGUAAUGGUGGAUCGGCUGGAUCUUUUUCCCCAAAAGCUGCAUCCCAAGCAAGUUCAACUUCUUGGUCUUCGUCGAGGCAUUUGAAUGGUACAGCUCCCUUUAUGCCAGUCAUGUUUUCGCAGUCCCGUAGAGUUCCGUCUCAAACUUCCGAGUGGACUGGGUAUCAGGCUUCUGUAUAUUCACCCGAAAGGAGUGUGCUUCCAGCUUCCCCUUACCUGGUGAAGAAUUCAUCGAGUGAAACAAGUAUAUAUCCUCAAUACCAACUGCAAAUGCCUGUCGAUGAAUUCCCAGAACGUCCAGACCAACCUGAGUGCAGUUAUUAUCUUAAAACUGGGGACUGCAAGUUCAAAUACAAAUGCAAAUAUCAUCACCCGAAGAAUAGAUUGCCGAAGCAACCUCCAUGUGCUCUCAAUGACAAAGGCUUACCUCUAAGACCUGACCAGAGCCUGUGUGCACACUACAGUCGCUAUGGCAUCUGCAAGUUUGGACCAGCUUGUAAAUUCGAUCAUUCGGUACAGCCGCCAUGCUCAACAGGUAGCCCCCAAGCCAUGGAAGCUCCUCAAGUCGAUGCCAAUGGGAACGAAAGUGAUGGCUGGAAUUGAUGUCUUCACAUUCAGUUGCGCAUACGGAAGGACUACUUUUGCCUUUUUUUGCCUUCAAGGGCCCUGCAGUUCUUAGCAUCAACUCGGUCAUUGUGGUUUUUGAAUCUUUUUGAGAAAUAUUUAGGUAUAUUAUGGAUAUCUAAACUACAUGUCUUUCUGGCAAAACCAAUCUCGUGCUUUUCUUUACAGGGCUUGGCCAAAGAAUUUUUGUUCUCCAGCUUCUGUUAUAUGAUACUUGUCUUUUGCUCCGAGGUUCA